GGAGGCUGGCUCAUUUCUGGUGAGUUGUGCUGUCUCCAUGGUCUUGUUAAUCAUUAGUUGAUCUGGAGUGGGCCAGAGAGCUCUAUUUUCCUGAGCUUCUUUCUACAAGCCACUCUGCAGCUCAGAUAGCCACCCAGCGCCACUCCAGGACUGUGCCAUCUGAGAGACCCAGCAUGUAUCACACUCACUACCUGCUCCUCCUUCUGGCUGGACCCUUGGUGCUUUCUCACAGCCAGGAGGUCCAAGAGCCUGACGACACAGCCAACCGAACCUACAGAGAGUCCUCACAGUGGAACACCUCGGUCUACCAGAUUGCCCCCAGCAAUGCCAACUUUGCCUUUGGCCUCUACCACCUGAUAGCAUCCCAAAACUCUGGGGAAAACAUUUUCUUCUCCCCACUCAGCAUCUCCAUCGCCUUGGCCAUGCUGUCCACUGGGGCUGGCGGGAACACCCAGACUCAGAUCCUGGAAGGCCUGCGUUUCAACCUCUCAGCGCUGUCAGUUCCUGAAAUCCAUGAGGGCUUCAGGUUCUUACAGCACUUGCUAGGUCACUCAGCCACUGAUCUGCGCAUCUAUGUAGGAAACGCUCUGAUCCUGAGCCAGGACAUGCAGCUUCUCCCUGAAUUCGCCAGUGCCACCGAAACCUCCUACAACAGCAAAGUCUUACUCGCUAACUUCAGAGACACGGAGGCUACGACCCAGCUCAUCAACAACUAUGUCAAGGAGAAAACUCAUGGGAAGAUCAAGGAUUUGGUCAGAAACCUGAGCCCUGACAUAAGAAUGGUGCUGGUGAAUUUUAUCUUCUUCCAAGGUCUGUGGAAGAAACCCUUUUCUUCCUCUAGAACCAUCGAGAGUGACUUCUACGUAGACAAGGACACAGUUGUGAAGGUGCCCAUGAUGGUGCAAUAUCAAAAGGAACACUGGUAUCUUGAAGACAGGCAUGUGCCCUGCAUGGUGCUGCGGAUGGAUUACAAAGGCAAUGAUGCUGUGGCAUUCUUCAUCCUUCCUCACCAGGGCAAGAUGAAGGAGGUGGAGCAGGUGCUAUCCCCUGGCAUGCUAACAAGGUGGAACCACUUGCUUCAGAAUAGGUACUUUUAUAGAAAGGUCACAUUGCAUUUCCCCAAAUUCUCCAUUUCAAAUUCCUAUGCAUUGGAUGAGAUCUUGCCCAACCUGGGUUUCCAGGACCUGUUCACGUCACGUGCCAACUUCUCCAACAUCAACCACGAGGAGAGGCUGCAACUAUCCAAAGUUUUCCACAAGGCCACCCUGGAUGUGAAUGAAGUUGGCACAGAGGCUGCAGCCUCCACUGUCUCCUUUGCCACCUUUCUUUCUGCCCAAUACGAGAAACAUUUCCUUAUAUUCAACCGGCCGUUCUUCCUGGUGAUAUAUUCCACCAGCACCCGGAAUACCCUCUUCAUGGGGAAGGUGGUCGACCCCACGGCGUAACCGUCCCAGGUUACGUCCCAAACUUAGCAAGCUGGUUUGCUACCAGCAGAGGGUGUGGCUGGAGAGGGCUGGGGGCAGGGAAGAGUCCUUGACUCCAAAGAACAGCCCAUUGGUACAGAUGGGCUGGAAAGUGGGAGCGGUCUUCCUGGGUGGGAGGGUGAUCACACUGAAUAAAGCAAAUGCCAACUCUGA